AUGGCUGUUGAUCAAUCGGCCACCGACGUAACGGCCCCAGUCGGCGCGUUCUCCGGGGCCCGAUACUUCCAAAAACGGAAACUGAUACCCAGUAAAAUGUCUACUUCACUGAUUCGUAUGGACAUUCACGCGACGGUAAUGUUAGAUGCAAGUGCCCACAGUAACACCGACAAGAUGAAAGACAAUUCUGGAAAGAAAUAUGACAAGAACGACUUUGUCUCGAUUAUCUCUCGAGCGGUAUCUACAGUACUUGGUGUCAGCACGGUGGAGAUCAACAACAUUGCGGAUAUCACCACUUUUAUCAAGUUGGGCGGCGACUCAUUGGCCGCUAUCCUCGUCGCCGCGGAAUGCCAGAAAGGAGGGUUUAUGGUCCCUGCCGGCGUAUUCCUGCGUAUCGCGACAUUGAGAGAGGUCAUAACAAAAGCGGCAAAUUUGGCGCAGCUCGUACCAAAACCUACACUGCCAUUACAGUCUCCACCUUCUUCAUUUUCUACCUCAUCGAUAGUGCUUACCAAAGCAGUAUCUGAAGAAACUGAUGGAGAGGGUCUAUCCUCCACAUAUAGCAGAAUCACGGCGACUGGUCAAGAAACGACAAAUAUGCCUUCGUUCCGUUGCGACCAAGAAACAAUUACUGCAAAAAGCUUGCUAGACAGGGUCAACAUCACUGAAUGGACGGAGCUGCAGCUUCUUUUACUUCGUGAAACAUCUUCCGACCAACGACUCAAUAUCUUGACUGUGCAUGAGUCCUAUGGGAGUUGUUGGGAUACUCGACAAGUUUGCAACAUAUGGACAAGUACGAUCUUGGCAGAGCCAGUUUUCCAGGACCUGUCUCACGAGCUAGAUAUUUCCCCAGAGCAACUUAUGGUUCGCGAGGUGAUUCAAGUAACGACUGAAACUGAGCACCAAAGGGAACUUCAUAACGCGACCAAUGCACAUGGUCCUGUAUGCAGCCUUACACUUAUACACUGGCCGUUAUCUCCGCCUCCGCACUCGAAAAAGUUAAAUCGAUCCAUUGACGUUAUUUGGCGCAUACAUCAUGCGUUCAUUGACGGCUACUCUGCUCGUGUUCUGCGUGGUAAAAUCAGGCGCAACUUGCACGCAGGAGCAAUGAGCAUUGCCGCGGGUCCAUCUUUUAAGGAGGCGGUGCGCUCGUUGCAGGAUCUGCGAGAAGAAAGACGAGAGUCGACAAGACGCUUCUGGGAUUCCAAACGUGAGCAAUUCACCGGUGCGGUGGGAGAGCUACGUAUUAGUCCUCAAAGGGAAGCCAAAACAACGGAUAUACCUUCACAAAGAUCCAUCACAAUCCAGUUUCCUGAGAAUCUGAUGGCAGAGGCCGUGAAACGUACAGGUUUCACCAGCACGGUGUAUUUUGCUGCAGCAUGGGCUCUGACCCUCGGCAAAUUUAUGGAUGCCGACCAAGUUUGUUUUGGUCUGGUAUUUUCAGGCCGCGAUUUACCAAUUCCAGGUGCUUUUGACGUGGUUGGGCCCUUGAUUACUAUACUGCCGCUAUUCGUGUCAGUCACAGCCGAAGGCAAGGACGAGAUCUCCGUGAAAACGUUUCUUAGUCGGGUACAUCAUGACAUCCUUGAACUUACCAAUGUUCAACAUUCAAGUGCUUCCGACAGCUCCGAUAAGACGUUUAGCUCUAUCAUGGCAACACAAUUCGAGUGCGACGAAGGAGAAGCUUUUCGAGAACCAGUACCAGCAGACCAAAACCGCCCAGACAUGCAAUCUGCAAUACCAAUGAAUCUUGUGAUCGAAGAGAAUUCUCGCUUGCGGGUGUUCUAUUCAACAGCUCAUUACGCAGAGGAAGAUAUGAUCAACGUGGGUUCUAUACUCCAGAACAUUAUGAGUCAUCUCCUACAAGACAGUGAUGAGCGACUAUUGGUGCCAACCAUACUUGAUACAUCCCUGCCUCAGGAGAUGGAGGGGAAGUUGAGGAAUUGGAGUAACUGCGGUUCUAUUGAAACGUAUGACUACUCCAAAGGUGAUGAUUUGGUGACAUUAUUUGAAAAUGUGGUAGCGAGACAAUCUAGAGAUACGGCGAUAUAUCACGGGGACACUGGAAAGCUGUCAUACCAGGACCUUGACCAGGCCGCUGCUGUCGUAGCCUACGAACUCCGUUGGAUUCAGCCCAAUGAGAUUGUCUGUGUCUAUGCUGACCGAUCGGUGAACUGGCUCAUUGCAAUCUUCGGUCUUCUCAAGGCUGGCGGAGUCUACGCCCCCUUGGAUCCCUCAGCACCAUCCGCCAUGCGACAAGCAAACCUUUUACGCAGCGGUGCACGCGCCGUACUAUUUCCUUCAAGUAGUAGCAAGGAACAAGACGAUAUAGAAUCACUUCCAUGUCGGACUAUGGCCAUCGAUGACAUUCUAGCGGCGGAGGGCAACAGAAUGCAAAGCGACGGCUCUAAAAACUAUCCCAGGAGGCGUAUCGCUCGCCCAGAUGACCUUGCAUACAUCUGCUUCACAUCAGGUUCGACGGGACAGCCGAAAGGCGUCAAAUGUACUCACAAAGGUCUGGUGGCCUUCCAGAAAGACCGGAUCGUUCGCCUUGGGGCUACAAGAGGCGUCGUCAUUGCCCAAAUAAUGUCUCCGGUCUUUGAUGGAAGUAUUCACGAAAUCUUCUCGGCUUUGACUCAUGGUGCCGCGUUGCGUCUAGCAUCGCCAACGAACCAGGAUGACCCCUUCUCGCAUCUGAAGCAUAGCGAUUCUGCGAUUCUGACUCCGUCUAUCGCGAAAGUGCUUGACCCUAACACAUAUCCACGUUUACAGACUGUCUACCUUGUUGGUGAAGCCGUUCCCCAGUCUGUUUCAGAGAGGUGGAGCAGGAAUCAUUCGUUAUAUAAUAUGUACGGCCCGACUGAAGCAACAUGUGGUGCAACGAUAAAACGAUUACGUCCAUGUGAGCGUGUUACCCUUGGUCGAGCAAAUCCAUCAAGCAGAAUUUAUGUUCUCGAUCGAAAUAAAUCCUUCGUACCCCCUGGUGCAGUAGGCGAGUUGUACCUUGCGGGAAUACAGGUAGCCCAUGGAUACAUAGACCUACCGGAACUGAGCGCGAAUCGUUUCCUUAACGAUUCUGUCAUGCCGGAGUCGGGGCAAAAAAUGUAUAAGACUGGUGACUAUGCUUAUUGGGAUAGCGCCGGAGAGAUUUGUAUUAUUGGACGCAAAGACCGUCAAAUCAAAUUACGCGGCUAUAGGCUAGACCUUGAUGAUCUGGAAACAAGAAUCGUGAAAGCCAUCCCUGGAUGCGGAGGAGCCGCCGUUUUCCGACGUGGCGAUCACCUGAUUGCAGCAUGCCAAAUUACACCAACCUUGGUUGAUGGAGAAGUCGCAUUUGACUCAAAAACAUUCCUCGGUAAUGUUUUGCCCCCAUACGCCAUGCCCCGGAGGAUCAUCAGUAUGGCAGAGUUCCCUCUCACCGUGGCUGGUAAGCUCGAUUACAAAACGAUUGAAGCUAUGAUGAACACAAGCAUCUCGGAUAGUGUUGGUGCAUACCAACCUCAAAAGAGAGCUAUGAGUACGACAGAAAAGAUGGUAGUGGAUGCAGUUUGCGACUUGAUGAAACUCGAUCCGGGCAUAUCUAUAGACCAAGACUCGGAUCUAACGACGCUCGGUGGUCAUUCUAUCUUGCAGAUACAACUAGCGGGUCGGAUUUCUUGCCUCAUCAAAAGACGGUUUCAAGUACGAAAGAUCAUCCAAAAUCCCGUGAUAUCUCGUUUAGCAUUUGUAAUCGAUGAACUACUGAGGAGAGAGAAAGCAGAUAACCUGGCCGCCGGUAACCGACCCCGACAGACCUUAGGGGACACUGAGCUAUCGCCUAUAGAAACUCAGUGGCUCUCGAAAUAUCAACAAAACCUUGGAACUUCGUCAUUCAAUGUUUCUCAUGUCUCUACCUUCGACAGUUCGUUUGAUCGUCAUCAGACGCUGGUAUCAGCUUGGAACAUGGUCCUUGCGAGACAUUCGAUUCUUCGUUGCAGGUUUCGACAAACGACCAAAACAGGAGCUAUCGCGGAUAGAUUCUAUGUUACUGAGCCGCCUAAAGCUCAAUACGUGGAUACUUUUGAUGUUCGAGCUGCGGUUAACACAGAGUUCUCUCUUGAGACGGAACAUCCAAUCCGAGUUCUAAUCUCGAAAUGUCACAUGCUCGUUUGCGUGAGUCAUAUUAUAUGUGACUAUACAACUCUAAGCCGCCUUUUCGAGGAGCUGAGUGCUGCCUAUGUCGAAGUUAUCAAUUCCGAUAAAGUAGCUUGGGUUCCAUCAAAGAGAUAUCAGGACACGACUUGCUGGCAUCUCGAAGUUGACCAAGCCACGGUCACCUUCUGGAGAUCAUACUUAUCUGGCGUCGAUUUUCUCUCAAUACCGCCAUAUAUUAAAACUUUACGUACCUCAUACGCCGGCGAAUCAUUGCUAUUCCGAUUCCCGAAAAGUACAAUGUCGAACUUUGCAGCAUUGUCGCAAUCACUGCACCUUACACCCCAUCAGAUAGCUUUGGCCCUCGUGUCCCUGGCCCUUCAAGCUGAUAACCCGAAAAAGCGGGACUUGAUUCUCGGCAGCCCGUGGCUCGGAAGGGAGGAAGAUGACAUGUGUACAAUCGGACUCUUUCUGCAGCCACUACCGAUCCGGAUUCGAAGGCAGUCGGACCAGCAUGAUGAUGACUCUGGGGAAGCCCCAGUGGCAGGUUUCCUUGAGGCAGUCCAAAAGUCUGCCCAGUUAGCUCUGAGCCACAGUAUUGAAUGGCAUUCACUGAUGAACGUUUUAUCAUCGUCAGAUGACGUGCGGUUGCAAGCAGCUGCAGCAACCACAAUUCCGAACCAUCCGUUAUUCGACGCUAUGGUCACUUUUCACGAGCUUAGCACUGCUGGACAGCCACCGUUGAAAGCAGCCAUUCCUGGAAUUGAGCCUGUAGUGUCCUGGACCGAAGGCGCGAAGUUCGGCAUCAUGUUUGAGUUUUCCGCUGUCGGUUCCUCGUCUCUGACCCUACGAAUAGAGUACGAUACAUCGCUGUUCUCGUCGAAUGAGGUGCAGCGAUUUGCCGCGCGGAUCGAUUGUGGCCUUGAAUUCCUUUGCCGGAGUCCCCUUUCAACUUCUCUAGGACAGCUGGAACAUGAAAUUUUGAUUAGUGAUAUUGGGUUUGAUAAUCAAGAAGACGCUGGCGGCGUGAUCACUCGCGGAGGUAUCGAGCUUGUGGAAUUUGGGACUCCUCUGUCUGCUCUAACAUGA